GUUUUAGAGAAGUGUUGAUCAAGAGAACUGCAUAGCUUGUGUUUCUGUCACUGAAGAAAAUGUUGCUCAACACAGUUCAUAACCUUUGUUGCGACAAAGGAACACGCAGGAACAUGACAUGUUUUUAUUUUUAUAAACAUAUUAAAUAAAAUCUAGUCACAGGACAUUUUCAUCUAACUCUUCUUUGUUCGAAGGUUCCAUCAGCAAAUGUUCAGACAAAAAUUUAACAAAUAAAUAAAUUAUGGACAUUUUUUUUCAACUGGUGUCAUGUGAUAUGUCAAAACUCAAAGGGAGACUACAAUAUUUCACCAUUUUCUCAGUGUUGCUCUUUAAUCCUCCAGAAUUGGUCAAGGUUUUGAGAUCCUACGACAUCAAAAACGGAGGAAACAUAAUAAAUCUUUUCUUAAUACAUAAAACUUAUCCAAACUUCUUCAUUUUUUAGUAAUGGGUUUUUGUGUUUUGUUUUUUUGUAUUUGGUUACAUUUGGUCUUUACAUUGUACCACUGUCUUAAGUUUUUUUUUUUUUUUUUUCCAAACAAGUUUUUAAAAACUGCAUUAAGAUAUGAUCUCACGUGGACAGCCCUGUAAUCUUUGUGGGCAUACUUCACCGAAACACACUUCAGGAAGCAGAAGGGAGAAGUUAGAUUCCUGAGUAAGACACGAAAACUCUCAGUUCAUAUUUGCUUCCAGAUCAAAAGAACAUUGGGAAACAACCAUGGAUCUGGACUACGGUGAUUAUGGAGAUUACACGGCUCAAAACGAAACAGAGGACAACUCUAGUUUAUUAAGACCCCUGACUUUUAAUGAACCUCAGUUGAGUCUGGAUCAUUUUCUUGUGGCCUUUAACAUCCUGAUAUCCGCUCUUGGGAUUGCGGGAAAUUCAUUAGUGGUUUGGGUUUGUGGGUAUAAAAUGAAAAGAACAGUUUUAACCACCUGGUACACCUCCCUUGCGAUUUCAAACCUUUUGUUUUGUGUCUUUUUGCCAUUUUACGUUUUCUACACUAUAACCUCAAACUGGCCUUUUGGGGUUGCAUUGUGCAAACUCACUUCUUCUGUUCUGUUUCUCAACAUGUACAGCAGUGUGUUUCUGUUGGUUCUAAUCAGUGCUGACCGCUGUGUUCUGGUUUUGUUCCCCGUGUGGGCGCACAACCACCGGACAGUCCAGAAGGCCUCUGGAGUGGUCGUCCUGGUGUGGCUCCUGUCUGCACUUCUGACCGUGCCCUCACUGAUCUACAGACAAGUCACGGUCCACGGCUCGGUCACUCAGUGCUACACAAAUUAUGGGAUCCAUUCCAGACACACGGCAGUGGUCCUGAGUCGAUUCGUCUUUGGCUUUCUGAUUCCUUUUCCAGUAAUCAUCCUCUGCUGCGUGGUGCUUGGUCUUAAGAUGAGAGGUUUAACAGUCAGGUUGAAGAAACCUUAUAAAAUUAUGGUGGCACUCAUCUUGUCGUUUUUCUGCUGCUGGAUGCCUUAUCAUGCCUUCGUUCUCUUGGAGCUGAACUAUGAGAAGCAUAACUUGGAAAUUCUUAAAACUGGACUGAAAGUAGGAUCCACCUUGGCUUCGGCUAACAGCUUCAUAUCUCCCAUUCUCUACGUUUUCAUUGGCAACGACUUCAAGCAAACCCUGAAGAAAUCUUUGACGUCUAAGAUUGAGGAAGCCAUGGCCGAGGAUUUACGAACUGUUGCCCUUAAUAAUUCAAGAUCCAAGUCCAUGGAUAUCAUUAGAUGUUAAUUUUAUGCACUCAACAAUGUGAAAGAUCAAUAUGAGGGAAUCAUAAUAUGUUUCAGUUUAAUCUUUGCUGUUAACCUGAUCUGUUUCACUGGACAAAACAUUACAUUUGAUUUACUUGACUGCUGCUAUUAAAUAUUUAAUGUUCUACCUUUAUAAACAAACAAAUCAAUACAUUUUGGUAAUUUUCGCAAUAAAUUUGGGAAAGUUUUGCUAAGUGAAAAUCAAAAAAAUCUUCCAAGCCAAAUAAAAACACAACUAAAGAUGAAUAAGGAACUGUUUUUUCUUAAAGACAACACCCAAAUAAAAUGUAAUUAAACAUUAUUAAUGAAUUAUGUUUUUAAUAAAUUCAAAGUUAUGCAUUUUAAGUGUAUAGUUUAAGCGUGCUUUAUUUUUUUGUAAAAAAAAAAAAAA